AUGGAUUCGCUGCCCCUGGAGAUUAAGCAUAUCAUAUGUCGCUUUGUAAAAGCAGAUUCGCGCAAUGAUCUCUCUUCCGUGAGUCGAAUAAACCAUGCGUGGUACAAUACAGCCGCCCCGUUCGUCUACGAGACGUUGAGGAUAGGCUUUCAUAACGGUGGAAAUCUUCCGAAUAUUACCGCCCAAGUCCACGAGCAGGCACUCGGCAGGCCUUUUCUCAAAUAUGCUCGUAGGCUUGAUAUCAUCUGCUCUCCUGAUCCGUCCCGGCAAACAGCCAAAGCACGCCCGGUCCAAGAUAUCAAUAAGUGGACUCUCGAUUCCAUCGAUUCUCGACUACCCGCAACAAUUAGUACUUUUCUAGAUCACCGUCUCAAGCGUUGUCACGAUCAAGUGCUCUCCUUUUCGGCGAACGAAUGUGUGUAUUACACAGAUAGAGACUGGCAACCUAUAGUAUCUUUGAUCAGAAGGCUGGACCGCCUGACCGAGCUGAACUAUGUGGUCCAAAACAUCUUUCCCACUGAGCUCUCGGCGACCUUGACUCGAACUCAUCCAACUUGCAAGGUAAAUGUUUGGACACAUCAAUCCUUGAACUUGGAUCCGCCAGACCCGACAAAGCCCUCGCUGAACCCCGGGCCGCCGUCCAAAUUCACCGAUCCAUUUGACCCAGCCGUCUUCCUCUCAACGCAACUCCAUACAUUCUGCAUGUUUCACUCGAUGUCAUCUGGUCAGAUCAAUGGGACAAGUGGCAAAAACAUGGAUGAAUCUCUAUUCUUUGCCCUCAUAGCUCCCAACCUGAAGCAUCUUUCUUUCCGAAAUCUAGGAUAUCUAACCGAGAAAGAUGUAAGGAAGAUCAAAGGAACAUGGGAGAAACUUUCCCGGGCUGGACACACAACCCCCACAGCCUCUCUGGAUUCGCUCUCCUUUGAUGCCCACCCCUCACUCAGUCCCUGGGAAGAUGUAUUAUUGAACAUGACUCAACUGGUCGAUCUCUCUCGGCUGCGAUCACUCGAAAUCGGCGUAUACAGCAAUCCAAACUCGCUGAGGACUGCGGCAUCAAAACUACAUGGUCUGGAACGGCUCUAUAUUAACAUGCAUCCAUGGAAGCUUCAUCAUGACAACAUUCACGCCGAUGACGACCAGAUGGUCGCAGCAGUAAUGUCCUUUUACCCACUGAAGUUCCUUUGUCUGGAAGGGCUCCGAAACUUCUACUCCCUACGCGACAUUCUGUCUCGGCACGGCCAUACCCUGGAAGGUCUUAUUGUUCAAUCUAGCACCCACGCGCGCAGACUAGCCGGUGUUCUCGACACAGGCUUCAAGUACCCAGUUUGGACGAAUGGUCAAAUCACAGAGAUUGCCCAAAUCUGUCCGAACUUGGAAGAGCUGUGCAUCCCAUUCAAACGGGAUGAGGGCAGUCCACAGGAAUGCGGACUGUACAAAGAACUAGGCGGGUUUCCACGUCUUCGCACGCUGGUUCUGGACUUACACUAUGACCCGAGAGAGCGACCAGUGGCGCCCUGGCCGGUGGAGCCCGCUACCGAUCCGGAAAUGCUACGGAAAACACUGUCGAAUGCAGCGGUGGACGAGGUUCUUGUUGCCAAGAUCUGGCAUCUGAUCAUAUCGAACCAGUCCAGUCGGCGCCUCAAGAAUCUUCGCGUUACCCCGGUAGGCAUUGAAUUCUUCGAUAAAUUGGAACAACAGGUCCUUGGACAGCUUGGACGAUCGUUUCUCGUGAGACCACCUAACUUGGGUGAGCUGAGACUCGAUAUUCAGGAAAUUGGCCGGACGGCCUGGAAUCUGUGGCGGGAGAGUCAAGUGGGUGAAGAAUCAACUCAUGUUCCUAAGCCAGUUGAACUUGUUCUGAGGGAGCUCUGGCCUAGCAUUCGCUUGGGCAAUGGAACGAUCGGAGGCUGGAGAAGCUUGCCACUGCAGGAUUUUGACCUUUCUGGUCCUCCUCUUUCCAGUCGGAUUAACGUCCAGCGGUCUCGGUCGAUCUAG